CACGCGGCCGUCGUCGUUUCCUCCCUCCCCUCCCCCCACCUCCAAACAGCGAGAGCGAGAGCGAGAGCGGGAACCGGAAACUCGAAGCCAACCCCCAUGGCAACGGCAGGCGAGCAGCAGACGGCGGCGGCGGCGGCCGAGGAGGUGGUGUCUGUGGAGAUGCCCGCGCCCGAGGGGUGGACGAAGAAGUUUACUCCCCAGAGAGGGGGAAGAUUUGAGAUUGUUUUUGUUUCACCGACUGGAGAGGAAAUUAAAAACAAGAGGCAACUAAGCCAGUAUCUAAAGGCGCACCCUGGAGGCCCUGCAGCUUCUGAGUUUGAUUGGGGAACUGGUGAUACUCCAAGGCGGUCUGCUCGCAUUAGUGAGAAAGUCAAGGUAUUUGAUAGCCCAGAAGGUGAAAAGAUCCCAAAACGCAGCAGGAACUCAAGUGGUAGAAAGGGCAAGCAGGAGAAAAAGGAGGCCUCUGAAACUGAAGAAGGCAAAGACGCUGAAACUGGUAAGGAUGCGGAGGAGACUCCUAGUGAAGAAGCUGGAAAGGGUGCUGAUGUGGAGAUGAAGCCUGCUGAAGAGGUGAAGGAGGCUCCUACUGAAGACGCAGAGAAGGCUGCAGACGAGGCUGAUGCUCCUGCUCCAGCACCAGCGGAAGAUACGAAGGAAACUGAGAAACCAGCUGAAUCUGAUGUAGCUCCUCCUGCGCCAGCAGAUGAGAAGAAGGAGGUGGAGAAGAAGGACGAUGGUAAGCUAGCUGAGUCUGAGGCUGCUCCUCCAGCAAGCAAUCCAACUGAAAACUCGGUCCCUGCUCCCACCGAGCCAGCUGCUGCUGCUGCUCCAGCGUCUGAAACCAAAUCAGACAAAGGUGCUAGCCAGGACAGCCAGCCAAACGCCGUCAACAACGGGCAGCUGCCCCCUGGCGCCUCUGCGGUGAAGUGCACCUGAAGCUGGAAGAAAGCCCGAACCCUUCCGGGAAGAAAGCCCGAAACCUUCCCGCGCCAUGUAUCUCUUAGGAACAUUUGCGUUCGCAUUGUAAUCAGCCGAAUCGAUCGGUAAGCAUGUUAAUUAGUCAGUCUGACUGCUGGGUGACAUCGGUAAGUAGGGGAUCGGUAAGCAUUUAGUUAUCUGUGGUGUUGGUGUCACUGCGCCUCCGCCAUUGCUGGCACAGCAUACAUGUAUCCAUCAUCGUCUUCCAUCUUCCUAACUUUGUAAGCACAUUAAUCUUAGGUCAUGUAUACAGAGUCUGUCUGUACCUGUGCUGUGUAUUGUGAAACCUGCAUAACCAGCUGCAUGUGUUAUUGUUAUCUAUGAAGAAAUAAGGGUGGUUGGCUAUGACUCAUCCUGAUCAUCCACCAGUCGAACAGGAUGAGUCUCGUCCGAAUCUGAUGCCAUA